AUGGCGGCGGUCUGGGAGGCCCUGGGCGCGCUGGGCCGGGAGCUGGCGGCCGAGUGGGCGACGCAGGACGUGCGUGCCGCGCUGUGCCAGCUGCUGCUGCUGUGGCUGGGGCUCAGUCUGAUGGCCACCCGCCUGGCGUGGCGCGCCUACGGCGAGGAGGUGGCCGCGCUCUGCUACCGCCCGGCCGCCCGCCGCCCCCCCGCCCCGGGCACCGACGGCGGCCCGGCGCCCGCACGGCCCCGCGCACACUCGCUGUCCCCCGCCCGACGCGAAAGCGCCGCCGAGCGGCACUGCCCGCCCCGGGACGGCACGGCAGCUGAGCCGGGAAAGACGCACCGCGAAUGAGGAGCGCCCACCGCCAGCACCGCGCCAUUAAAGGACUGCACCCCCCACCGCCCUGUGCUGCCCCAGCGCCAGAUACGAGGCGGGAGAUGGGCGAGGGGCUUUAAUGGA